AGCGCUAUUUAAAUCGAUACUUAUUUUCGCGAUAACGUUGCAAGCACACUGUCAUCCAUCCAGCCUUCCUAGCAAGUUGGCAGUUACUCUGAAGACGAUGGCGAAGUAAAUAGCAACGACGAGUGUUAUUUCAUAAGAAAUCCAUAUAAAUCCGCUUUGACAGUGAUAUAUAUUUGAACAAACAGAUGUCCGGUUAUAUUGAGGAAACCACCUGCAUGUUGCCACGUAUAGCGUUAAUUGCGUGCGGCUGCUUUAGCCCGCCCACGCCGAUGCACUUGCGAAUGUUUGAGAUAGCGCGAGAUCACUUUGAAAUGCAAGGCACACAUAAGGUGGUCUGUGGCAUUAUAUCACCUACACAUGAUACUUAUGGCAAAAAAGGAUUGGCGCCAUCUCUUGAUCGAUGUGCAAUGAUUAAGCUGGCGGUGCAAAGCUCAAGCUGGAUACGUCUAUCCGACUGGGAGGUGCAUCAGACGCAUUGGAUGAAAACACGCGCUGUGCUCCAGCAUCAUCAAAAUUAUUUAAAUAAUUACAUCAAUUCGCCGGGGGACGAAGAAACAAAUGGUGUGCUACCUGGCUGGUUACCUAUGGGACUGCGUGAACGUCGAGAUCCUAUACGCCUUAAGCUGCUGUGCGGCGCAGACUUGCUGGAGUCCUUUGCAGUGCCAGGACUGUGGGCGAAUGAAGAUAUUGAAGACAUUGUUGCUAAUCAUGGACUGGUCGUUAUCACACGCUGUGGCUCUAAUCCAGAAAAGUUUAUAUUUGAAUCUGAUAUCUUAACCAAAUAUCAGCGCAAUAUAACAUUGAUAACCAACUGGGUGCCCAAUGAAGUAAGUUCAUCACUGGUGCGUCGUCUCCUAGGUCGCGGACAGUCGGUUAAAUAUUUACUAGACGACUUGGUGUUGAGCUAUAUUCAACGUCAAGGACUUUACAAUGUUAAAACUAAGUAUAUAACGGCAGCAAAUCAUUUGACAUACAAUCGCGUCUAUAUGGAUAAGAAUAAAAAUACAACAACUAAGCAACAACUAAUGGAUGAGACAGAUAGUCCUGCGCGGCAGCAGGCACAGCGCGUGUUUUGCUGCGGUGAAACUCCAAUUGGAGCAGCUACCAAGCUGCUGCUCAAUCGCGCGGGUCCUGGACAAGCAGUGCAGGUUAUAACGCUGCAAGAGGAGCAGCAGGAAUCUCAAUCGAAGAAACCGAAGAUAGCGCAAGUGCAGCAAGUCUAAGACAAAGUCUAAAGCUUAAGCAUUGUUAUUGUAAAUAUAAAAGACAUAUAUUAA